AUGCCUAGCCUGCAGAGGAAUUCUUAUCCUCCAGUGCCUUCUGUGCAGGCCCUACUGCAGCCACUAUACCACUGGAAGAAUUCUAUGACCUCCCUGGACAGGAUGAGGGAAAGGGAGAAGGUGUGUACGUUCUACCUUCUGAAAAUGGCAGAGUCUAUAGUGAAGUCACUAAGACUGAAGAACCCCCUCCUUCACCUGGUGAAUACGCCAGAUUUGAUAACCCUC